AUGACUUCUACAAAUGAUGGAAAAAACGUGAAAAGUAAUCAAACGAGUGGCCCAAAGGGCAAAUCAUUUUACAUUGAACUUUAUAAGUCUCUAGAUGGUCGGCUGAAUGGGGAAGCGGAGUUGCACGAUCGCGUGCAGCACCUCUGCGAAGCGUGGCGGCGCAUACAUAGCUUGUGCCAACACUCCGCCCACACCACACAUCCGCAUCUACUCAGCUGGCUGCAGAGGCACACCGCGCGGACUAUACUACAGACUGAAUGGCAGUCACCAGAAAGCAAAACCGAACAUGUGAAAUUAAGUGAAGCAAUUGAAGCUUUUAUUAAGGAAACUCAGGAUGCGAUUGCAAGCAGAGAUGGCACCAAUCCAUUUUGGGAGAGUCAGCUGCAACAAAGGGCCGAGUGGUUCAAGAAUGUGCUCUCGAAUCCUUGGGGACACCCGGUUCUCAGAGUACUCUUAGACCCUACAGGAGAAACGCCAAGCGAUAAAGAGGUUAUAGAAUGGCUGAAGGAGGAGCGUGGUGUAAUAUUCGUGACGCGGUUGCGGCACCUGGCUUCGUCGAAGAAGUGCCUCGACUUGGCCUGCGCACUUGCCUCCGCAGUAAUGGACCGCGCAAGGGCUUCCGCUGCCGUAACGAACGACGACGCAGGCGACAAGAAAGUAAAAUUGGAGAAGAAAGAACCAACAUUCGUCGAAAUACUAAAAACUGAGGCGGGUUUUACGGUGGAUGUGUGGGAGCUUCUCACGGAUUUGGAGUUUGUACUUCUCUUCAAAGCAGAGAAUCGGGCGCGUUGCAUAGAGUUGGCAAAACAAACACCACUCCGAAGCGGUUACCAGCUUGUGGAGAGGUUGCACAGUCGACUCGAAAUGUCACCACGGGAAAAGAAGCUUUGGAAAAAUGCAAAGGAAGUUGCUACACUUAUUGCGCAGGUGAUAAUAGCGCGGUGCAUGGUGGUGCCAGUGUGCAGCGGCAGCGCGCGCACGGCUCUGUACUGCUGCGCACGGUCGCUGGCGCGCCUACUGCCCGCCGAGCGCCUGCCCGCCGCCGCCAGCGCGCUCGCCGCGCCCGCCGCCACCGCGCGCCACCUGCACACGCUCGCCGCUGCCGUCGAUGCACAGGCACGUACACACACGCACGCCACCGCGCGCCACCUGCACACGCUCGCCGCUGCCGUCGAUGCACAGGCACGUAACAACCGCACGCCACCGCGCGCCACCUGCACACGCUCGCCGGUGCCUUCGAUGCACAGGCACGCACGUACACACACGCACGCCACCGCGCGCCACCUGCACACGCUCGCCGCUGCCGUCGAUGCACAGGCACCUACACACACGCACGCCACCGCGCGCCACCUGCACACGCUCGCCGCUACCUUCGAUGCACAGGCACGUACACACACGCACGCCACCGCGCGCCACCUGCACACGCUCGCCGCUGCCGUCGAUGCACAGGCACGUACACACACGCACGCCACCGCGCGCCACCUGCACAAGCUCGCCGCUGCCGUCGAUGCACAGGCACGUACACACACGUGCGCCACCGCGCGCCACCUGCACACGCUCGCCGCUGCCGUCGAUGCACAGGCACGUACACACACGCACGCCACCGCGCGCCACCUGCACACGCUCGCCGCUGCCGUCGAUGCACAGGCACGUACACACGCGCACGCCACCGCGCGCCACCUGCACACGCUCGCCGCUGCCGUCGAUGCACAGGCACGUACACACACGCACGCCACCGCGCGCCACCUGCUCACGCUCGCCGCUGCCGUCGAUGCACAGGCACGUCCACCACACGCAUGCCAGGCACCUGGUGGUAUUCGAUGCACAGGCACGUACACACACGCACGCCACCGCGCGCCACCUGCACAAGCUCGCCGCUGCCGUCGAUGCACAGGCACGUACACACGUGCGCCACCGCGCGCCACCUGCACACGCUCGCCGCUACCGUCGAUGCACAGGCACUGUAAAGACGAAAUGAAGCCUUUCGUUUGUGAGCUUUACGUGCGCGCGAUUACGUCUGGUAUGAACGAAUUGGAGAGACUCAAACUGAAAACUGAAAAGGAAGCGGAUGCUCGCGCAAUGGAACAGACCCUAAGCUCAUGGUUCACACAACUAGGGACGCUGCUGUCGAAAAGCGUUCGGUUGAACUAUGAGUGCGCUCUAACUGCGUUCUCAGUUCAUCCAACAUCGGUGAUGUACGAGCGAAUAGUUUCAGCGCCUACACUGCCCUCUGUAGCCGCUACUACGGAAGUACAAGAAUCUGCAUCAGAGGCUAAUCCGGAGUUUGGUAGUUGGGCGACAGACAGUUGUACUAAGACAAACUUUGUGAAAACAUCAGAAACAUUGAACAUCAAACAAAUACAGCAUAAUGCAAAUGUGCUGUCAACUGCAGUCCUUUCUGAAGGAGAAGCUUUAGGCCUUGGUGCGGAACUUUGUCAGGAUUUAGCUGUCUUGCUCUCUGGACCAAGGCAUAAAACACUUUCUUGGGAUAUAGACAGAGACGUCUUAUUAGAAAACUGUAGAACAUACAUGGAGCGCACACAUGGCGGUACUCGCGCUUUAACGACAGAACUCAAGUACCUGAACCUUGAUCCUAGCUCCUUCAUGCAUUUGCCAGAAGAACAGGAAGAUGAAGACAAUAUUUAUUAUGGGAUUGAAAAAGGUUAUGAACACUUAGUAGAAUAUCAAGAGGUUGAAAACAUAUGGCAAGAUGCAUUUAUAGACCCCGAAAUGGGCGAAAGUGCAAAUUCAAUUAGUAUAUUUGAUAUACCUGUGUUGCAACGGAGGAAGAAAUAUUCUAAACGUGCUCAGCAUUAUUCUGAUGAAGAUUCCGAUCCACUUUGCGUAAUUGCAGAAGAAAAAAGACAUGAAAAGAAAAAAGAGAGACCACACAGUAAGGAAAGAAGUAAAGAAAGGAUAAAAUCAAAGACAAAGGAGCCGGGUCAAGAUAGAGAUGGCAGCAGUGAAAGAAAUAAAGUUAAAUCUGAAAGAAAAGAACAGAAAAAGGAAAAAAAAGAACGCAAGAAAAGAGAUAAACUUAAUAUCAGUCACAUGUCAGAAACAAGAAUUGGCUCUCUUUCAAGGUUAGUAGGUAUGAAAGUGACAAGGGUAGAAAAUGUACAUCCAAAAAUAGAAAAUCAAACAAGCUGUGAUAUUAUUGAUUAUUCCAGUCAAAGAAAAUUGUCUGUAACAUCAUUAAAUUCGGAUGGUAGUGAAAAUAAUGUGGUAUUUGAUGGAUUGUACUCCAUGGAUGAAAUUAAAUCUCCAGAAAAAGUUGUUCAAAUUACUGAAUCCCUCAGUAAAACCCCACUUUUCAACAGCACUGAUUUAGCAUGUGUAAAAGAUGUAUCAGUAAAUAAUAAUCACAAAUUAGACAUGGAUAUAGCCAAUAUUCAAAGCAGUGCAAUUUCCUUAAUAAGAAAUCCUAUAACAAACAUUACUAAAACUGUAACUGAUAAUAAUUGUAUAAAUGAUGCAGACAGUAAGGAUAAAGAUACAAAACAAGUAAAGGAAAACGUCAAACAGAACAUUAAAAAGCUGAUUCAAUUCAGAAAGUUAAAAUGUUCCAAUAAUGAACAAAACAUCAAAAAUGAACCCAACAUCCCUAAUGAAAUACAAACUUUACAUUCUGUUAAAAACUAUGUAGUACUUCAAAAAAGCUCUAAGCAAAAGAAUGUCAAAGAGGUAUGCCCUACACCAACUAGUGUAAGUUCAUCAUUGGAAGCAAAUUUAAAUAUACCUAAAAUUUACAUGAACAAAAAGCAGUCCGAAAAGUUGAGGGUAUUAAAAAAUGAAGUUAGCAACGUAUUAGUCAAAAAUAAUAAGUGUAAUACUUCUUCUUCAGCUCAUCUCAAUGAAAGUUGUGUUGGAAAAGUUGUUGCUGGUUUGGCACAAUACACAAAGUCAACAUCAAUGAAGAAAUUGAAAACGGAUAAUAUUAAUACACCACUACCUGUUUUACAAUCUGAAAGUCAAAAUCUUAAUGUUACAAGUACCAAUAAUAUAGUUUUAGAUCAUAGUAAACGUGGCGAAACACGGAUUUUAGUUAAAAAUAUGCCAUGUAACAAUUCAACAAAUUCAAGAAUAACAAACCAAAGUAAAUUUAAAGAUUUCCUUAAAGAAUUGCAAGAAACGAUAAAUGCUGGUGCGAUCAGAGAUAAAUCAGAAGCAAUACUUAGGUUAAAUCAAACCUCUAUCGCUAUAAAAAAUUCAAAUUCUCUUAAUAAAACAGUACCUACUAAUUGUGAUAAUUUAAUAAUGAAUUCCGCUGUUGUGACCCAAUGUGCCAAAUCGUUGUCACAACAAAAGAAGGUUGAAAACGCACCUAAUACUUUUGCUCGACUAAGUUAUAUGCACAAAAACAAGCAAAGCGAUGUAAGACCUAAACCAGCUGUAUGCCAGGCCAAGCAGAUUCAUCAACAAAAGCAAACAUCGUCUGAAUUAGAUCAACAAAUUGCUGACUUCAAACUAAAUAAGUUUCAAUACCUGGAGGCUAAAGGUGUAACUAUUUCUAGAGUUGGGAACCCUAUAAAAAUCAACAACCCCAAAGAUGCUCAAGAUAUAUGUAAAGAAAAGUCAAGAUCAAAUUUUGCCGAAGGGCAUCCGGUUUUGUCUAAAAUUUUACAAGUAAACGAAAAAAAUGCUUCUAGCAAAUCUAAAUUAGACGUCACUAAAGAACUUACUAGAGACAUCCACAAUAGCCGACCACAAGUUAUAACAACUGAAACUUCUAAGUCCUCUCUACUAGCAGAAAAGGAUCAAGAUGACCUAUUACUUCUUUUACGACAGAAAAAUUGGCUAAAUGCAUCAAGAUCAACAACGAAACCGGAACUUAAAUUAAACCGUACACCACAGGCCAUCACAGAAAUGAAUCUUGCCUUUCAAAAUUUUGUUCCAAAUUCAAAAUCUCUCGAUUUAUCAUCAGUUAAAAAUAUGAAAUUAAGUGAAUGCGAAACUCACAGGGACAAAUUUUUAAAACCACCGACAUCGUCAAUUACUCAAAAUGAUCAAGCAAAACCAUCUGUUAUAAAAAUACAAACAUCAUCAAGAACAUUAAUACAUUCUUCAUCACAGUCAUCAUAUGACAAUACAACUACAAGCAGUAUAUUACAUAAUACUCUACCUGAAACAAAAUGCGAUAGUAAAGAAUCACUAGUAAAAAAGGAGACAACCACACCAAGGAAUUCUUACGGAAAUAAUACUACAAAACAAGAUUGGGAAAGUGUGAUGGAUGCUAUUUUAAAACACAAAACUCCAAGCCGAGGUCCAAACGCCCUUGACAUUGCUUUAAAUAAAGAUUCUUUUGAAAAACGGUUAAAAGAAAGUAAUUUGCAUAAUCAAAAAAUUGUAAGCAACAGUUCUGAGAAAAAAGAUUACGAUAAAGUUUUUGAAAAAGAUUUUGAAUUAAAACAUAAGAAAAUUGUUCAAAUAUCAAAACCUCAACAAGCUAAAACGUUUCGCAAUCCUCUAUUAAAGUCAGUAAAUGUCGAUCUUCCAAAAAGGUUAAACAAAAAUGUUAUUAGCAAAGCAAAUAUACAUCAUAUGCCUAAGGUACCUAAGGCACCUGUAUUACCAAAAAAGGAUACUUCUUUUGAAGUUCUUAAAAACCACGACCCUUUUAUAUCCGGAAUACCAAAUUCUGAUUAUGAUCUCUUGGAAGAACUGAUGGAUGAUGAUUUACGUAAAGAAAUUGGCGAGUUGUUAUCAGAAGACGAAACCUAUCAAUCUGUUGCAUUAAGUAUUAAAAAAGACAACAAACACUCUCUUGCGAUAAAAAGUGAACCUAAAACAAUAGCUCCAUUUCGCAAAGAAUUAGGAGUCCAGGGAAUUCACGAACAAUCCCCUGUUUUAACAUGUGAUAAUAUCUGUUCAAAUUUUACCAAAGAUUUAGGAAAACCGAUCGAUACUAUAUCGGUAAAGUCUGCACCAAAGCUAUCAUGUACCUCUACUUCAAACAAUGAUCCACAUUUAAAAUCUCAAGGCAUGGUUAACUGUGAACUCAUUAAGACAACAACAUCUUCACAUAAUUCAGUCAUUGAACCUCGUAAAAAGAUCAUUUACCAGCCAGCUCAACAAGAAAAUAUUUCACAAAACAAUAAUGUUGCUCCUUGUAAUGAAAUAAUAAAAUCAAGAGAUUCAAACAUUUUAAAAAUAACAAAGCCAAUUGCUGUAAAUAAUAAUGGUGAGAGUGUUCGGAUACCUAGUCCUAAUAAUAUUUUGAUCAGUAGCCAAAAUAGUUAUGAAGAUUCUAAGAAUGUCAUUAUCGCUACAGUACCUCAAAGAACAACAUUACAAAAUGUAGUUCUUAUUGGUUCAGAAAUUGUUUAUGAUCCAUAUGCUGCUAUACAAAUACAAGGCUCUUCAAAUACAAGUUUGUGUAAUAUUAACCAAAAUACUUACGUUGCUGUAAAUACGAUGUCAAACAUAGCUUUGCUACAUACGACUCAGUUUGCAGCGCCUGUCGUUACACCUGUUAUCAUUGGCAAUGCUGUUGCUUUGUCUGCACCCAAUGAUGAGGCGCAACAGUCCCUUAACACGAAAUCUCUCCUACUAAAUUUAAGAAAUCACAGUGAAUCUUUAUCGUCUGUUUCGACUAUGGAGCGUCAGAAGGCAAAAAUCGAUUAUACUAAAAGCAAUUUUGAAAAGGUAGUAAAUGAAAAUUUAUUUAAUGAUAAAAAAAAUCAUGAAAAUAAAAUGGAAGCAAUCACAAAUAAAAAUAAUGAACGAAAAAUUUUGUCACAAGUGCAAACUAAUCAGAAAUUAUCGCCUGAAAAGACUGAUAGCCGAUUUUCAACAAAAUUGGGCAAUUUAGCUGAUCUCAAUGUAAAGGUUGAAGUGUCCAAGGAACACGAAAGACUGAAACAAAAACGCUUGGCUAUAAUAAGUAGACGAGUAAGUCAUCAUACUAAUAUUUUACCAAUACCGUUACCCUACACUCCAUUAAAUAAAACGAAACCAAAAUAUGGUGUUCUCGAUGCACAUGGUAAAGUUUUUAAAGAUAAUGCUAAGCAAAUAAUCACAGAAGGUGAAACUACUUCGUCCUCUACAAUCGUUGAAUUGCUUAAAGAUGAUAACCUUUCUAAUACCGGUAAUGCAAAUGUGCAAUUAAAACAAAUAGAACAUUCUGAUGAAGAUGUCUCUUUACAUGAUCGAACAGAAUUUAAAGUUCCAGGAAAUUAUAAAGAGAAUGAUAAUAAGUUAAAGUUACCUUGUCGUCGCAUAAUGUUAAGAUCUUCAAAAAACGUCAACGAUAAUAUAAUAAUGCCUUGUCAUAAAAAUACAAAAAUUCAUAAAAUAAAAAAAAUAAAGCGACAAGUAAAAUCUGUAUCAUCAAUAUUAGAUAGUGAAAAGACAUCUAAAGAAGAUAUUGAAACAAACAAAGUUAAAUCUUCAAGUGAGGGUUGUAAACAUUUUUCAAAUCAAAAUAAAAAUGUUAAAGAAAACACUACAAUUAAAGAGAUUGUUAGAAGAAAAAGUAAAGAACAUGAUUGGAAUGUAUUAGAGAGCCCGGAGUCGCGAGUUAAAACGGAUUUUUUCGAUGUAGAAGAUCAGUUGGUUGGAUCAGUCAUACAUAAAAUAAGUAGGGAUCCUGAUGAAUCACCACACGAUAGUACCAGCAUUAGUGAGAUAAAAAGUGAGAAUGAACAAAAAGAGAAAGAAUCAAAUAAUAAUUUAAAUAAAGUUCUUAGAUCGGCCACACCCAAAGUAAAUAAAAUAUCGAGGCAUUCGGCUGGAUUACCUUCUUAUGACACCAGCAUUGUUGGAAAGAAUAGUGAGAAUGAACAAAAAAGAAAAAAACCAAAGAAUAAUCUAGAUAAAGGUAAAGCACUUAAAGUAGUUAAACCUAAAAUAAAUAAAACGUUGAAGGAUUGUGAUGGUUUACCUCAUAAUAACACCAAAAGUGUUGUGUGUGAGACAACAAGUGAACAAGAAGGAAAAGAAUCAUACAGUAAUAAAACUCUUGGUUUAAUUAUACCUAUAAUAAAGGAAACAUCAAGGGAUUCCGAUAUAUUAUCUCAAGAUAACACAAAAAUUGUUCAGAUGAAAAGUGAAUUGGAACAAAAAGGAAAAGAAUCAAAAAAUAAUAUAGCUAACACUCUUGAACCAGAUAUAUCAAAAGCAAAUAGAACAUUAAAGGGUUCAGUUGAAUCUAAAAUAAAAAUAAAAAGGAAUAAACGAAAGGAAAAGGAAAUAAAACAUAAUAUAGGCAAAGCUGAGAAUCUUUUAGUGAAAUCCGUCGACGGAAAACAUAUGGAAGUAAAUGAUACAAAUUUAGGGCAAAAAAUUGAGAAUAACAAAACAUGCCUUAAAUCAGAUAUAACAGCUUCAAGCUCUGAAAGUUACUCUUAUGUUAUUAAAAAUGAUAAAAUUGUUACAAAAGUAAAUUGUAAAUUAAAGAAUAAUAGUAGAGAUAUAAAGCAAAUAAAUAGUAAAGAUAAUUUUAAUGUUUCAAUUACAAAACAAAUUCCUAAAGACGAGAUGCCAAAUAAAUUAGCGCAAAAUAAUGAUUUAUCUGAAGAUUGCCAGAAAGAUCUUUCAAAAAAAUUUAAGGAGAGAGAUAAUUUACAAGGAUUGGAUAAUCUGGAUCAGGUGCUAUUUCAAGAGAUUAUUAAUAAACAUGAAAAUGAACCAUACAAAAAAUUUUUUCGUGUAAUGUUACCCAAUGGUAAAAAAUUUAAAGCUACUAUAACCGGAAAAAAUAGUUUUGACGUUAAAAAUAUUCUGAAACAUCCGGAAUUAAAAUCAAUAUUACUAAACAAUUAUUUCAAAUCGAAUAGUUGCACUCUGAGUGUUAAAAAGAAAGGUAAUACUGAAGAUUCAAAAAUGACAUUCAAAACUACUCAGGUAACUACACACGAAACCAACAGCACUAAAAGUGUAAAAGAAAUGGAAACUAUUAGCUUGAUUAGUGAUGAUGAAGGUGAACUUCUUACUCAGCACUUAAAAACAGAAUAUGGCAACUUUUUAAUUGCCCCUUUGGAUAAAAAUACAUUUUCAAAACAUCAAAAGAAAUUAUCUGAAAAAUGUUCAGUGCUUCUAACAAGGAAUAGCAUUGACCAGUUUGAUGCGUUAGAAAGUAAUUGCAAAAUUCGAGAAACCUGUGGCUAUUCAGAAGAAAGAAAUCAUUUUUUAUCGCCGAAUAGCUUCAAAAGUGAUGAUAUAAAUAAUGAAGUACCUAAUGCCCAAACUGUUCCUCUUUCAUUAUCUUGCAAAAGUGUUGCGGAAGUUGUUGCAGAAGAUUCCUCUGAUAUAGUAGAUAAAACUUCUAUCAAUUCACCACUCGAGGACACUAUUAUUAAACCUAAUUUAAACGAUAUUGAUAGUGUACUAUUAAAGAAUGAUUGCAUACAUGACCAAACUAAAAGGGAAGUAUUUACAACCAACGAGCUUGAAUUGAAUAAAAACGUAAAAGAUAUGGAGCGAACACCUUUAAAAGAUUUUCUUAACCCUGUCAAAUUAUUAAAUGAGUCCGCAAAUAACUAUGAAUGCUGUUUGAAAAUAACCAGAUGUGAUAACUUAGUAAAAAAGUUAAAAAACAUCAAUACGGAAUGUUUCGUAGAACUUACUAGAUGUGAUGAUAUUUUAAAGGAAUGUCCUAAAAGGAAAACAUCUCAUAAUGUUGAAAGUACUGACGAUGAUAGUAUAAAAUCUUAUAGACCAAUUAAAGAAAACACAGCUACGAAUGAUUUUUUCAAUACAGAUCCAACGGAAAUUGAAAAUAAUUUUGUGUCUGAAUCGAAAUUGGUACGGAGUGGAUCUUUUUCUAUUUUAGAUGAUUUUUCAAUGUACAUCGAAAAUACGGACGAUCUUAACGCAGAGCCAUCUAUUGUCAAGGAGUUAUCCGUCAUUUACAUUGAGAAUGAAAACAAGUUUCAUAAAAACGUACCAGUAGCUUUUAAAUGUGACGCAGAUUGGUUCGUGACAAAAAACCAACUGUUCUAUUUGCACGCAAUGAAAUAUUCAACCGAAUUUUCGGACUCUGAUCAAGAUUUACAUCAUUCAAACAUUGAAAAUUUUGAUGAUGCCUCAACGGAUUGUGGAAGCGAUACUGAGUGUUCGGUAGUGGAUAUUUGUGACUUAUCCACAAGGCAACAAUUUGAAUUCGAUAAAAGUUUACCAGCGGUUUUCAUAUGUGAUGCAGAAUGGCUGGUGACAAAACGACAGUUAUUCUUACAUGUUAAAUAUACUGAUGAAUGUUUGAACACAGAUCGAGAUUAUUGGCAUUUGCACACUGAAAAUAAUGUUGAAGUUUCUAUGGAUUUUGAAGGUGAUAGUGAAUGUUCUGCUGUGGACAUUUAUGAGCAAUCUUUGAAUGAUAUUCGGAAUAUUGAAAUAAAUAAAAGUUUACCAAUGGUUUUAAAAUGUGAUUCAGAAUGGCUUGCGACAAAACGACAUUUGAUUUUACAUGCUCUAAAAUAUUCUGAUGAAUGUUUAAACACAGAUCGGGGUUUGCGGUCAUCGUACACUGAAAAUAAUGAUGAUGUUUCCGCGGAUUUUGAAAGUGAUACUGAAUUUUCUGGAGUAGAUAUGAGUAAGUUAUCCGAAAACGAAAUUCAGAAUAAAUUUAUACUGAAUAAAAAUUUACCAAUGGUUUUUAAAUGUAAUGCGGAAUGGCUUGCGACAAAACAACAUUUGUUUUUACACGCCGUUAAAUAUUCUGAUAAAUGUUUGAAUACAGAUCAACAUUUGCGGCAUUUGCAGACUGCAAGCAAUUGUGAUGUUUCUACGAAUUUUAAAAGUUAUACUGAAACCUCUAUAGUAAACUUGUGUGAGCUAUCCACAUACCAAAUUGAAAAUAAAAAUGAAGUCAAUAUAAGUUUACCAUUGGUAUUAAAAUGCAAUGCGGAUUGGCUUGCAACAAAGCGGCAAAUCAUUUUGCACGCUGGUAAAUAUACGGCUUCAAGUUCGCACACUGAUCAAUGCGUGCAGCAUUUGCAUAGUAGUAUCACAAUGUCUACUACAACUCAACGUGUUGUAGUAGACAGUUUUAAAACAAACCAAGAUAUUAAUGUUUGUAAUUCUGGUAGUUUGGAAAACGUAGAAGUUAUGAGCUUAAGAAAAUAUAUGAUAAAAUUUUUCGAAAAUAAUGCAGUGCUCGACAUUUUAAAACCCACUCCACAAAUCAAUAAGAGAGUUACACAAGGCAAAUUUAAUUAUCUUAAGAGAAAACUAUCACCUAAUGAAAAUACAUCUUCAAUAAAUAAAAUCUCAAAAAUUUAUAGUAUAGAAUCUGUACAGGAAACAAGUUUAGUAACUAAAUUACCAGAAUACAAAUUACAAGUUGAUACCAAGGAUAAGGUCACAAACACUGAAAGUAUCAAUAAAGUUGAUCAACUUGUAAAAGGUAACGCCAAGGUUGAGGUAGUGCUUAAUAAUUUUAUCGAUAAGAAUAUGUGCGAUGACUCUAAACAAAAGCUUACGAUAGGUGUUAAGAAUGAUAAGAAUGAACUAGCUUUAAAUAGUGAAAUAAGUAAUGUAGAAAGCAUGUGCAGUAAAACAGUAUUUGAUACAAAUGAUCCAUCGUCAACAACAACUACUUAUCAGCAAAGUAUUAAAUGUCAAGAUAAUUGUCAAAAUAGUUCAAAUGAGCUUAUUAACAUAUCAAAAGUAAUCACCAAAGAUGAUUCUAUAAAGGGAAGCUAUAAAGUACUUGAUAUAAAUUCAACAAAUACGAGUAAUAUUAUUGGUGAAUGCAUGCAUAAAAAAAUUCUUAGAAAAGCUUAUUAUUCCCAUGUCGAAGACAACAACGUUCCUGCUAAUUAUUCUGAAAAGCUUAUUAACUGUGCUGAAACCACGAAAAUCGUGGAAGAAUCUUUAAUAAAUAGCGAUGAAAUAAAGCAAAGAGUGUACAAAUUGUCUAAUAUAGAUACGCAGCAAAAUGCAACACCUUCCAAUAAUAUUACUAAUUCAUCAACAGCCACAAUGAUAGCUGACAAUAAAGACUAUUGCAAGAAAUUAGAAAGUACUAUCAGAGUUUCACAUAAAUGUAAUGAACUAAGCAUUAACUUAAAAGAAGACAUAGGUUUAUCUAAGAAACCCAAAACUUUAGAUAAAAAUGUAAAUGACUGUUUAAAGCUAAUAUCUCAUCAAUGUAAAGAAGAACAAGAGAAAAUCUUUCGGGACUUAAGAUGCUCUGAAUCAGUACAUGAUGAUUUUAAGGGCGCAAAACUUAUACAUCAUAUUAGAACAUUGAAAACGAAUGAAACUGGUAAUGAUAUAUCGAAAAAAAGUGUGGCAGAGGAAAAUAUUUCUUUCGCAUAUGGAACAGAAAUUUCGCAACUUUGCCAAAAUGAAACUACAUAUGUAAAAAUGGACCAUGAUUAUGAAAUUAAAAAUGAGUGUAAUAUUAUUGUUAAAGAUGAAGCAGUGGAUGAAUGUAACCCAAAUAAUCUCUAUGAUAUUUCUACUGAAAACAAUAGUCUGAUUAAGAUAAAAGAUGAGAAUGAUAAAUCGAAACAAUGUAUGAUGGAGGAAAAUAUUUCUUUCGCAUAUGCGACAGAAAUUUCGCAACUUUGUCAAAAUGAAACUACAUGUGUAGAAAUAGACCAUUAUUAUGAAGAUAAAAACGAGGGUAAUAUUAUUGUAAAUGAAGAAGUAGUCGACGAAUGUAACCUAAAUAACGUCUACGAUAUUUCUACAUAUGAAAACAAUAGUCUGAUUAAGAUAAAAGAUAAAUCUUUCAUUCAAAAUGAUUCCACCAAUGAUGGAAAUAACCAAGACUAUGAAAUUCUCGGAAACAUAGAAAAUACUAAUCUUAUUGAUAAACAAAUUGUUAAUAAAGGUACUAAUGACGCCCCACGUAAAGUAACUCUUGUUUAUAACGGUGAAUCUGAAGUUGUGUUAAAAGGUAUAGAAUAUGAAGACCCCAUAGCUGGAACUUGCUAUAUGUUUCCCUUGGAAACAAAUACCGUUUUUUCUGAAGAGGUCCCCGAUGAUGAUCGUAUAUUAAAAGGACAACAAAAAGAAAAACAAAGUAUCAAUAAUGAAGUUAACGAAGCGCUAACUUCUACUGACAUAAUUAACACUGAGUCACUGUAUGACGAAAAUUUCUCUGUUUUGGUACCAAAAAUGACAUAUUCAAAAAAGGAUAAAUUAAAUAAAAGUGCACGUCGAAAUAUAGAAAAAGUGGGUAGAAGAGGCAUUAAACGCAAAAGUGAUUGUCUGGAUUGUAAAAUGAAUGAAAAACGAUACAGAAAAAGUAAGAUUGAUUACACAAAACCGCGUGUUUCAAUACAUGAUACAACAUAUUGUAAAGAGUACAAACGUCUCUUUGAUUACUAUAGUUCCUUAAAAUUUUCUUACUCUAGACCAUUUCACAAAGAAUAUAUAGAUGUUUUUAGUAUGGUCAAAGCCUGGCCUAUAAUACAAGAAUCGUAUCAUGUACCAUCUGAUUCAGAGAUUGUUGAUAUUUUUUGCGAUAGUGCUGAACAGAUUUGUUUUCCAGAUCCUAUGAAACAAACAUUAGCAGAAGAAUUAUCCACAGAGUAUCUUGAGACCCAUUUACAAUCUAAUGAUAUGAAUGAAACAAAUUUCAAUAUGGGUUUUGGUGAGGGGUCCGGCAGAGUCAAACAGGAGAUAGAAAAAGAUUGUCCAAAAUUUUCGGCUGCGACUCUGUCGGACGUAAAGCAUUCUCAGCCGUUUUUACUAUCCGAAGAUUACGAGGAUUGUAAAAAUAAUUCUGAAAUUUCAAACAUCUCUGAAUCAACAACAAGAGAUCAAAAAGAGAAACUAAAACGUUAUAUAACUUACAUUCAGUUACGAGAUAAAGUUCGUUCAUAUUUUAAGAAAACGUCUAUUGAAUUAAAGUAUAACUGGAUUAAAGAUAACAUUAAAGACAAAGAUUUUAAAUGGAAAUGUGACGGAAAGUAUGAUUUUACAAAUUAUCCCUUUGACUUUUUGUUACGAGAUUUUAUUGAACCCCCGCCAUUAGAAUCUAUUGUGCAAGUGGUUCAAGUUGGUCAGCUACCAGUAAGUGCAGCUGCGCAAAACCCUGUUAGUUGUGAUCCACGUGUUACUCAGGUUUCAGAUGCAAGUCCUUCGCAGUGCUCAGUAGAAAACAGCCCACAGGACGACUCUCAAUCUGCUGUCAAAACUGAGUAUACAGAACUUACAACUGCUGAUCUUACUCUUCCACUUGUUGCUGAAUAUGAACAACAUGAUGAAAACAUUGCACUAGAAUCGCACGAACCUACUAACUUACCAAUAAAGGAAGAUAAUUUACAACCUGAAAAAGAGUUUAUAUCCAACACUAAAAUUGAAUUAAAGGAGGUCGCUUGUGAUAUUGAAGUAAAUAACAAGCUUAAUAUUGAAAACAGAGAAUUACAUGUGAUAGUGAACAAACACGUAAAUGAUUCUGAUUAUCAUUUCGAAACAAAUAAUACUGGAUCACUUGAAUCAGAUUCACGAACGACGUUGUUACUCGAGUCUACAAACAGUCAAAAUUCUACAUCAGAGAAAACAGAUCAAAUAGCCCAUGCUAUGAAUGCUGCAGGUAUUACAACAAAUGCCGAGACAAAUUCGAGAGCAAAUGCAUUAGUUAACAUUUUGUCGCAAAAAGUCCAUCAAAGUGCUAUCACAACCACUCAGAGUUCCAUGAGCAAUUUUUCUAAAACAACAUCGAUUAAUGCUGUAGCUUUACAGCAGGCUUUAGCCCAAAUUCUUCCUCCUCCUUUAAAUCAAACGAAUAGUUCCGAUAAUAAUCAACAAGCUCAUAAUUCGACAGUAACGCCACAAGUCUUACAUAUUGUCCAAGGCAAAAACGCUACGGGAAAUCAAAUUACUUUGGUUGACAAUACUCAACCAUCUGUCAUUAAUACACCAAAUGCUACGCCUGUGUUACAUAUUGUACAAAACAAAAACUCGACCGCAGGUACGAAUUCUAACGGAUCACCAGUGCAACAUACAAAUUCUUUUGGUGGACUUUCUUUAGUAGAUACCGGAUUGCAGCAAGGUGGCAAUCAACUUCUUCAUAUUGUAAAUACUGGAAACCAGAAGAACAAUAAUACUAGUCAACUUCUAAAACGAGUUAAUCUACUUACAAAUCUUACAAAUGUUCAAGGAUCAAACGAACAAAAAAUGGUACAAUUCGUAUGUAAAUCUGCUGACGGAAAAGCGAUACAGUUAAACGCACCUCAUCAGAGAGGUAUGGUUUUAAGAUUGCAGCCUAUUGAAUCCACAAAUGUUCAAACCACCCCGACAAAGGCGGACGAUCUUAGUCCUACAACCAAUACCACAAAUAUUGUGUCUGCUAAAGAAACUACUACUAUUCAGCAAGAAAUUAAAUCUAGAUCUGUUUACGAAGAAAAUUAUGCAAAAUUUAUUCAAAAUACGUCUAAUAAACAAUGCAGUCCUGAAAAGUCUACAAGUCUUCCAAAAUUUAAUCAAGCCUUUGGCAAGCCAGUAUUCCAAGAUGGAAGUCAAAAACAAAAUGAAAUAAGCAAUAAUAAUUCACAUUUAUCAUCGGUGAACUCGGCAGCUGAUAAUCCCGAGUCAGAAACAUCCGAUAACGCUAUAACCCUAGACCACAUUGGACAAAUAAGCAGCCCUCCAUUAUUAUUACGAAAAUCAUCUCAAACUUCGCAAGCACAACCUACUCUAGUUCAACAGAUUAAACAGACUAUUACCCCUAUGAACAUUCAAACAAUGCACGGUGGUGUUAUUUAUACGAGACAAAUACCUGUAAAUAUUGGUGGCGGACAAACUAUAAAUUUAAUAACGGUACCCAGUACCGACUUGAUCGAUGAGACGAAUCAAAAGCAAUCUGACGUCAAAUUUGUAAAUCAGGGUGACAUUGAACCUUCAAUAAUAAAGAUAGUACCUCAAAAUCAAACAACUUCUAACACUGAUGUCUCAUCUGAAGAAGGUAAUAAUAAUAAUAGUGGUGGCAUUUCAAAUGACAAUGGUCAAAACACACAACCACCACCCCAACCAGUUUUGACCCAGAUGCGAAUUAAAUUGCCAAUGUUAAGUAAAACACCGCAAAUGGUUUCUGGUGCAAGAGUUGUUAGACCCUCCUUUUUUCAAAUUCAAAGAAAUGUCAUAGGUGGAGCUAAUCAACCCGUUUACCAGCAGUUAGUGUUAACUGCCGCACCGCCACUUGGCCAGCAAACAAUCAGGUUACCACAAUCACAUCUUAACAGACAAAUAAAAGUUCCUUCGGAAACUCAAUCGUCAUCUGAAUCUCAAAUGAGCUCAUCAACUCUCGAACAACUAAGGGAAUUCGACAUGGUACUUGAGCAAGUCAAGGAAAGAAGUACUGUGCAACCAAAUUCUAAUGGGAAUGGCCCUUUUUCAAAACUCCACACUUCACCAAGUGAUACCACCGAUGGUACCGGGUCGCCGUCAACAGAACCUACGCAAGUUCUUUACUCAAUUGGAACUAAUCAACAUUUUAAUGUAGCAUAUGUUAAUAGAAAACCUACGGUUACCACUACACCGGCAACAUCAACAUUUGUGCGAUCUCCAGAUUCAUCAACUAUCAAUGAGUCUCCUUCUUCGUCUUCGCAUGCCCAGAUUUCACAAUCGACUACUACUGUGACAUCACCGAAUGGCUCAGCUAUUAACCAACAAAAUCAACAUAAGCCCACGAAAAUUGGUUCCAAAUCUAAAUCAAGACCGAAAGCCUCUUCAAAUCCACCUAACACAUUAAAAUUAAACAAUGUUCCUCCAAAGACUUCUACACAGAAACCUCUAGAGGACGAACAAACGACGCAACGAAUUUUAUACAUAUUAGCUGAAUAUAAAGAACAAGUUGAGAAUUCACCAGAUAAAGAUAAACCAGCACCUCGUAGACGGACUAACCCACCUUCAAAUUCUUCGGGUUCUUCAAAGCGUAAGAAGAGCUCAAGCAGUUCACGGCGUCCAGGAGCACGUGAUAUGAGCCCUAUACACGGAGAAGAAACCUGCCGUACGAUGGGAUCUGAAGACAGCAGUUGCGGAACGUCGCAAGGAGAUUGUAAUGAGAGUUGCCUAGAAAGCCAUUCCCCCCAAGACAGCCCACAAAAAAUUGUAAGGAAACUGACAUUUGAAAAUGAAACACCAGCAACCCAGCCACGACCCCAACCACAAAGAAAUGUUAUUGUGGCAGAUGGGCAAACUAUUACUGUCGCCAGAGGAACAGCUGGCAAGCCAGCUACAGCUGUCCUAAUGCCAGCUAAUUAUAUUCUACCGGUUUCAAUGGUCAAAGGUGGCCAACAAAUCGCCAUAGUUACUAACCGUGGUCCGAAACUUCUGACCGUUGGCGGUGGUGAAGGUGGAACAACUAAUGCUCUGUUAUUGCAACGUCUGAUUGGCCCUGCUGGAUUGAAGCCUGUUUUAGCUCGUCCUGGAGUUCGUCAUGUCCGUUUACCAACAGCAGCGUUGCACAAUCUUCAGACAUUCAACCUAACAACUGCUGCUACUACAGUCCAACCGCCUGAUAGCACAGCGUCGCCUGCACCGGCUCCGACUCCAGAACUUGUUGAAACUAGAGCGACAACAUCACCUUGGGCCGAAAAAGAGGUUCAAGAUGUUAAGCCGGAACGUGGUUCGAGUCCUGAAGGGUCUGAACCGUGGAACCUUCCAUCAUCAGCUGACCCUCAUGACUACUCAUAUGAAGAGACUGUUCGAGCCGACAGCAUUGAUCGUACAGUGCUCGUUGUACAGAAAAAGGAUGGUACGUCGCAUCGGCAGCACCGCUUAACGCACGUAUCCGCAGCCGCUUUGCGACACAAAUAUGCUAUAUUGGAACAUGAACUUAGAUUACAGAAAUCUUUAUCAGAGGAAUGCGAAGACUUGGGCGUUGACUCGCCAUCCGCUUCUGAACUGUUCCCGGAGGCUGAACUACUGUUUGCUGGAUCUCCAGCUCAUGAUCAUACACAGGACCAGAAUUCGCACCAUUCGCACACUCCUCAACCAACUAUACUCAGUCAAAGUAGCAUACCUCAGCCUGAUAUGGACGAUCAAAUCGCUACCGAUCAACUGCUGCCUCGCAACGACAUACAAGACGACCGUAAUGAUUUGGACGUGAACCUGGGGCUCGAGGACGUCGGAAUCGUAACCGUCAGCGAAGACGGCAUGCAGGCGACCAUCGCCUUGGAUCAGGAGGAGUUUGCGAGGUCGCAUCCAAACACCACCUUCCAUAGUGAACCAACUGAUGAAGGAGAGGUGCAACCCUUUACUAUAGCUGGUUUCAAAGGCCGUCACAUUACAUCGACAAUAUUCCACUCAAACAGAGCUCCAGCUACAGUCCUAAUGACGGCCCCACAGACAACUGUAAUAUCUCAGGCAACACCUGACAAUCCUAAUAUUCAACAUAAUGUGAAGUUUUCACACAUUGAUAAUAUUAUUAGCUCAGCACCAAGCUCACAUGUGAAUAAUUUAAACUUGUCAUCAGUACUUGUCAAAGAUGAUGGCCUGACACGGUUUGACAGUAUCCUAACUGACUCAAGAGAACUACACCUAUCCAAUACAGCAUCUGCCAUCGUCCACUCUGGAAACAACGCAACACAAGUAAUCAGAAGGGUGUGCUAUGAUGACGAUAAACGAGACCCGAGGUUUCUAAUUGAUGAACCGGACACAAUUAUAGCUGGAGAUGAUGCGAAAAUGAUUGCAGAAGAAAGCUCGAGGGAAGCUACUCUAGAAUCUAUAACUGGAGACGUUGACGACGAUAGAUCCUCACCAGAACGCCAUGCUGAACUAUUUUGGGAGUCAAAUUCCGCCUCAGAGCGCUCUGAAAGUCGAAGACCGUUAGACUUUAGCAGUGAUAGUGACAAAUGCUGCAAGAGUCCUUCAUUCGAUGAAACAAACUCAACGGACUCAAGUGGUGUGGGCACACAUAUGAGACUGGACUCUGUAAUCAAGGAGGCGAGAGGCAAAGAGCGCAGUGGCAGUGCUGAUGGCUCAUCAGCGGAUGACACUCAUCCGCCACUACGCACGUAUCCAGCCAAGCGACCGUAUUACUCGCUCGAAGGUGAAAUGGAGAGAAGUUUAUCGGGAAAAACGCGGGCUGGGGAGAGAUCUCCGGACAGUUUAGAAGUUAGACGACGAGCAUCAGGGAGAGGCGUGGUCAAACGAGGCUGCCAUUGCUGCAAUGGCUCCCCAGUCCCACCAAGACCUAAAAAACCACGACAAAGGAAACCAACAAUGGAUUUUUCUACCCACUAA